AUGCCUCUUCUCCAUUUGGACCAACUAUCACCGGAGGGCCAGCAAAGGAUUGAAACUGCGUACAAGGCAGUUGUUGAAGCCUGUGCUGGUGAAAUUCGACCAAGAUCAAGUGUCGGUUUCGACUACGGCGUGCUUUUUAUCAGGGAACUCGUGGGCGAACAGCCAGUUCAUAGGUUCGCGGGAGGGAUCCCUCAGGCUUCACAGAAUGCGGAAGCCUUCUCCUUCGAGACUCGUGGCGGCCCUUCUGCCCAAAGGGCUCCUGGGGCCAGUCCCGUAACCGAGACUAGGGUUGUAGAAGCCUUCGAAAGCCUCGCGUCCAAUACAUCCAGUGAAGUAGGAAAACUGCGUCAAGAGCUAACAGAGACUCGCAACGAGCUAGCGGGUGAGAAGGCCCAGCACAAUAAGGCGAAAGAUCUUGCCAAGGGCUAUAAGGAGAAGGUCGACAAGUUGCGGAAAAUGAACAGGGAAACGGCGGCUGAGUUAGACGAAGUCUUACGACAAAACAAAGUCCCCGAUCAAUUGACUGAUGAUGAAGUUAUCGAGAUGGUCAAUCAGCUACGCUCGAACAUCCGAAAUCUCACGAUACAGUGCUUCGGGGAGAAGCUCAAGCUAGACGGCAGGCCUAACUUGUCAAACGCCAAGCUGGACUUACAAGGCUCGAUAUCAAUCCCUAUCUCAUUAGAGACAGUGCAUCAUUGUGUGUCCAAUCCUGGACUACGCCCUGUGAUCAUCCAAGAUUUCAUCUGGAGAUGGCUCAUAUCCCACGUGUUCUCGGCCUACUGCUGGAGCCCCGAGGAUACGAGCAGUGCCAUCAUUCAUCUUGAGAAAUUACUAUCCAACAAUCUCCAAAAGGGAGAGAUCAACCAAAGCGGCGACCCAGAGCGAGAAUUCCACACAUGGAGAGCAAACACUUCCAAAAUGGUGCAUGAAGCAACAGAGACGAGCCCCAAUACGAGAGAACGCAUGGACUUCGAAAAAAUAUGCAACCAACUGAAAGAUGACUUGAUGAAAAGAAUUAAGAUCUGGCUGCCGAGAAAGAAGAAGGUCCCCAUUGAGCAAAUGGUCGACAUCAUCAGACAAAGCAUCUUUCUGGACAUCCAUCUUAGCAAACAGGUUGCCAAGAUUCAGUGGAAGCUUUUCGAUGACAAUGCUCGGCGUGUGAAGAAGUUUGACGGGAACUCGAUGGAGCCGGCACCUGGGCAGUCUCAACUCGAGGAGGGUAAGUCCUUUGACUUGGUUCCGGCUCCUGGUCUAAUUCGAUAUGGGAGUUCCUCGGGCAAUGAAUACUAUAUACCGCUGCUGUUGAUGAAGUCACAGGUGGCUAAGAUUUCCAUUUGA